AGAAGAAGAAGAUUGUUUUAUAACCCUAUUUUGUGAUAAAAAUUUGUUGAUAGAACUUUGUCGGUUAUAUAUUCACUUUUAUGCUGUAAAGAUACACCAAAAUGGCAGGAAUUGAUGUGGUUAUCGAAGAAAAGAAAGAAGAUGCAGUAGAUAGGCAAAAGGUUUGUCCAUUUUUGCUUCGCGUUUUUGUAUCAACAAGCGGCUAUCACUUUAAACUAGCAGAUUAUAACAAGGGAAACACUCCCGCAAAUGAAUUACAAAUUUACACAUGGAAAGAUGCCACUUUGCAUGAGCUAAUGCAACUUGUUAAAGAAGUAAAUCCUGAAACAAGAAGGAAGGGUACAAAAUUUAAUUUUGCAUUUAUAUUUCCUGAUAACAGAGGACCUAUGUAUAGAAUGAGAGAUAUUGGAACCACCACAACAGGUAUUAAAGGACCAGAUGAUUUAAAAACAUUGGCUCAAGCAAGAUUCACAAUUGGGGAUUAUAUGGAUAUUGCAAUCACUCCUCCUGAUUCAUGGAAUUCUGGUGGAAGAAAAGGAUACUCCAAUAAUUUUAAUAAUCAUAGACAAAGACCUUAUUAGUUUUUUGUGUUUGAAUUAUAAAAUUUUUAUAUUAUAAGUGUAUUUUAAGGGUGUGCAUUUUUCAAAUAAAUCAUGAAAUCAUAA